CUCGGCUCCUGCUACCUGCCUUCUCCUCGCAGCCGGCCGCGCUCCCCCUCCGAAAUAAUUCAAGCAGGAUGACAGAGGCGCCCUCAUCCUGCGACUGCUUCGUGUCCCUGCCCCCUGGUUCUCUGGAGGACCAGGUGGUCUUUGGGAAGAACUCGGACCGUCCACGGGAUGAGGUGCAGGAGGUGGUUUUCUGCCCAGCAGCGUCUCAUCCUCCAGGGUCCACGCUGGAGUGCACGUUCAUCCAGAUCCCUCAGGUGGAGCGGACCCACGCGGUGGUCCUCAGUAAGCCCGCCUGGAUGUGGGGCGCCGAAAUGGGAGCCAACGACCGAGGGGUGUGUGUCGGGAACGAGGCGGUCUGGACCCGGGAGCCUGUGGCCCCUGGAGAGGCCCUGCUGGGAAUGGACCUUGUUCGGUUGGGAUUGGAGCGUGGCGACAGCGCCUGGGCAGCACUGACCGUGAUCACGGAUCUCCUGGAGCUCCACGGUCAGGGGGGGCAGUGCCGGGAGGACCCAGAACCCUUCAGCUACCACAACACCUUCCUCCUGGUGGACCGCAGCCAGGCCUGGGUGCUGGAGACCGCUGGAAGGCUGUGGGCCGCUCACAGAGUCUCGGAGGGAGUGAAGAACAUCUCCAACCAGCUCACCAUCGGAACCGAGAUCUCAGCAGAACAUCCGGAGCUGCGGACCGAAGCCCGGGCUAAGGGAUGGUGGGACGGUGGAGAACCGUUCGACUUCUCGCAGGUGUUCAGCCCCGAGGACCCGCCAGCCAGGAUGGAGCUGGCCAAGCGGCGCUACAAGGGCGGCUCAGAGCUGCUGCAGCAACACAACG